AUGCUAGAGCAGCUAGGCUCCCAUGCGAUGGAGGAUGGAUCCCCUGUCCAGGGGCAUCGCGGUCAUAACGCCUACAGCCAGCUCCAAGAGCAAAGCUAUCAUGACCGUCCUCGAUCGGUUCGCACAGUACAGACCGCAUUGACCUCGCCUCCUCCCCUGAGUCUGCAGUGCGACGGCAUCUUGGCCAGUUCUGCAAGUCCCUUCACUCCUAGUCCUGCCUCACCCGCUGGAGCUUCUAGGCAACGCGAUUACUUGUUUACCAGCCGGCCAGAGAGCGGUUCCCCGACUAAACAGCGGUCGCCUCUGCGCCAGUCCCUGACUUUCACCGAGCCUCCCGAAAUCAGCCCGGGCCCUGAUCCCACAAGCGUCGAAAUGUCGUACACCGGAGACAAGAAGAAACCAGCGAGUAGCCCUCGAGAUCGCGGUUUACCAUGGCGAAGCCCCUCGAUUUCCGAGGGCCAAGACCAGCCCGUGGGUUCACCAGAUACCACGCCGACACGUCCAGCCAAGUUCCAGGGAGGUAGUCGGACGCCAAACUCUAAGCCCUCAUCACCAGCUGGAAGCUCUCGAUUCGCCUUCUUCACCUCGUCCAUGGCUGCAUUGAAGGGGCGGUCGACGUCUAAUCCAGUGGUGGUGCCUCAGGACGACGAACUCAUUUCAAUGGAUAUAGAGAGUGCACUGUAUCCGGGGGGUGUCGACGCGAAUUCCAAUACUUUCUCGCCAGCUGCGUAUAAGAAUCUACAGAUGACUGCCAAGGGAUUAUUGGAGCGGUUCCAGUCUGCCUACCAGCAAAAGACGAUUGACUACCAGGAACUCAAGGCAGAGCAUGGCGUCCAGGAUGACGAAAAAGAGGAAGCCGAAACGAGAAUGCAUCAUCUUAGGAUUCAGCUGGAGGGUAUGGCACAGAAAGCCGCUGAACAGGAACUAGCUAUGCAAGCCUUGAUGGAGGAACUCGCGAUCGAGAAGAGACUGAGGCGGGAGGAGAGGCAAGCCCGCGAAAACUGCACGUCUGUAUCGGGCGAGUCAACACCAUCGGAAGAUUUAGGCGUGGAAGAGGACCAGAAGCACAGACAUUGGAGACGGAGUGUCUGUACUGCAAAGUCGGAUAUGAGCUUUGAGACGGACGAGGAGAGCAUCGAAGGAGCCAGUGUCUUUUCAAGAUCGCGCAGCCCCACCAUUGUUACUACCGUGACGGAGCUCAGCCAUGCUGACCAGGCGCUGCCACCAAUGAGGUCUCCAGCCUCGCCAGCCCUUCGAGUUGUGAGGCAGCCUCCGACGCCACAGGCAACACAGAUGAAUACCUUUCAAAAACUGUUCAAGGGCAUAUCGGGCGAUGCCAACUCUACAGCCGGUGUGGCUUCAUGUCGAAACUGUUCUGGUCAGGACGCCAGCGUGGCAUGGGAUACUGUCACCCUACUAAAAGAUGAGAACAAGGGCCUGAAAGAGAGAGUGGGAGAAUUAGAGAGUGCGGUUGAGGGCGCUCUGGAUAUUGUGCAAGGUUUUGGAAUAAAGGGAUUGGCAGCUUAA